AUGUUUAAAAUAUUUCAGUCACUUUCAGGAAAAUGGAGUUUCCAUAGGAAUAUUAUUCAUAAAUUAACAACACCAUCAAAUGCAUCACCAUUUUCGAAUUUAUCCUUUUUAAAUAAUAAUAAUAAUAAUUUAGAACAACCACCAAUUAUAGUUACAGGGUUAUCAAAUUUUGAAUUAAAAAAGGAUGAAGAAAAUACAUAUCAAUAUUCAGAAGAGGGUAUAAUGAAGAAUCCAGAUGGUACAGAGUUUAAUAUAUCACAGAAAUAUAUUUAUAAAUAUAAAGAUGAAAUUAUUUCAGUAUUUUUCGAUGAAAAACCAGAAAGAUUACUCCAUACUUUAAACUUUGAUCAAAAUAGCAGCAGUGGAAGUAUCAGUUCAAAUAAUACAGCAAAAGGUCAUCAUUUAUGUGGCUGUGAUACAUAUGAUGCAGUAUAUCAAUUCAUUUCACCAAGAGAAUUCAAACUAGUUUAUUCAGUAGAAGGUCCAAAAAAAAACUAUAAAAUUAUAACAACAUUUUCAAAAUUGUCCUUAUAA